AUGGACCUGCAAUCGCUGGAGCAGCAGUCGGCGGAGGUCGCCCUGUUCACCGCGGGGAUGCCCUCGCGGGAGCAGUGGCCGCUCUGGUACUACCAGGACCUGGUUGGUGUCCUGCAGGGCCCCUUUGACGCGCCCUCCAUGCUCAAGUGGUACCAAAGCGGCGCGCUCCCAGACGGCCUCCUCGUCCAUGCGGCGCCGCCCCCCGCCGCCGAUGGCAGCGCCGCCGCAACGCCCAGCGGCGCCGGCGGCUUCCGUCCGCUGGGGGAGCUGCUGGCUAUGGCGCGCGCAGGCGCGGGCGCGGGCGACGGCGCAGAGGGCGCGUCGGUUGGGCCAGGGGCUGGGGUGGCGGAGGUGCAGCAGCAGCAGCAGCAGCAGCAGCAGCGAAGCCAGCAGCAGCAGCGAAACUACCACCAGCAGCCACAACGAUCCCUGCAGCGCCAGGCGGCGCCCCGCAGGGCGGGCGUCGACGUGCUGCCCGCACCCGACCAGGCCGCCGAGUGCGCCGCCACCACCGCCGGCCCCGCUUACGAGCCCGCCGCCGACGAGCGGCGCGCGGCGCUCGAGCGGCUGCUGCUGGGCGGCGGCGCCGAGCUGUGGUGGCGCGCCCUGCUGCCAGGCGGCGACAGGGUUGGACCGUUCCGAGCCCAGCAGAUGGCGGCGUGGCUGCUGCGCGGGCAGCCGCCGAAGGGCAUUGUGGGGACGUCUAGGAACGGCGGCGGCCGCGGUGGCGCGGGCGUGGCGCACCCUCCAGAUUGUGAUGCGGUGCUUCUGUGCGGGAUGCUGGCUGCAGACUACAACCCGCAGAGGCUGCCCGCACUCAAGUUUUACAAGCCACUUGCGGCGUUGACUGCGCUUCUGACGGACGGCUCGACGUACGAGCCGGUGACCAAGCACGACAUCACGCGCGGCUACCCCAAGCCCGGCUGGAACGAGGGCCGAGGCGGCAGCAGCGCACACAGUUCUGGCAGCAGCAACGGCGGCGGUGGCGGCGGCAGCGGCGGCAGCGUCCCCAACACCCCUCGCAGCGCCCCACCCCUUGGCCGCGCCACGCCGCACUUUUCGCCUGCCGCGGCGCCCGCCACGCGCGCCGGCUGCGCGGCGGUGCUGUUCGGCGCGGCGGCGGCGGCGGGGCAGCCGCGGGGCGAGUCGCUGUGGUGGGUGGCUCGCGGCGAACGCGCAGUGCAGGGGCCGUACACGGGCUGUGCGAUGCUGCAGCACUACAUGGCAGGCGCCCUCCUCGACACCGCACUGGUGUGCUGCGGUAGCGCCGCGCAGCAGCCGCCGCAGCCGCCGAGGCGCGCCGCGUUUGCGCUGCUAGGCGCGCUUCUGAGCGGCGCUGAGUUUGGGUAUGUGCCGCUGCCGGCGGGCGCUGAGGCGCCGCCCCACGGGGCGCCGCUGCUCCGCCAUAUGAUUACUGGAGCGGUGGCCCCCCUGUCGCACGUCGUGCCGCAAGCCGGCGACGGCGGCGGCGCCGCCCGCGGCGGGCCCGCUGCAGCCGGCAAUGUGGAUAGUCUGCAGGCAGCGCAGGUGCAGGAGCAGCAGCACGAGCACCAGCACCACAACCAGCAGCAGCAGCAGCAGCAGCAGCAGCAGCAACAGCAGCAGCAGCAGCAGCAGCAGCGGCGGCGGCGCGCAGGGCGGCGCUCGAGCAGCAGCGGCAGCGACGGCAGGAAUGCCUCUCUUGCUACGGCAGGGGGGGCCGCGGAGCUGCCGCCUCGGUCAGGCUGGGUUAGUGGCGGUAGGGGGCCUCGGCGGAGCAGUAAUGGCGGGGGCUUGGUCCUGCCUUUCAAGCAGCAGCAGGAGCAGCAGCAGCAGCAGCAGCAGCAGCAGCAGCCAGCACUUACACCAGAGGGCCAACAGCAGCGCCAGCACACACAGGGGCAGGCGCAGGAGCAGCACCAAGAGCAGCAGAAGGAGCAGCAGAAGGAGCAGCAGAAGGAGCAGCAGAAGAAGGAGCAGCAGAAGAAGGAGCAGCAGAAGAAGGAGCAGCAGCAGCAGGAGCAGCAGCAGCGGUAUCACCAGGCGCACAAACAACAGGACCCACAGCACCGCAGGCACCGCCUGGGCAGCGAACCAUCCACGCCGGAUGCCCCGCCCUGUGCCGCGCCCCUCUUGCAGCCGCAUGAUGCGGACCUGCCGCCCGCGGCCGGGACGCGGACGCCCUCGCCGCCGCCGCAGCCGCCGCCGCCCGCCGGCCCCAUCGCCAGCGACCCCUUCCUCCUGCAGCUGGCCGCCGCCGUAUUCACCGGCGGCGGCCACGCGCCGCCGCUGUCGCCGGUCUGGUUCCUGCAGGAGCCCGCGCCCGCUGGCGCCGCCGGCGGCGCCGCAGCCGCGCCCCCGGCCAUCGAGGGCCCCUUCGAGGCGGCCGACGUGCUGUCCGCCUGCGCCGCCGGCCGAGUAACUGUCGAGACGCGCGCCUGCGGCGCGGAGCGCUCGCAUGCCGCUGCGCUGCUUGGGGCGCCGCCGGCGGCCUGGUUUCAGCCGGUGGGCGCGCUGCUGUCAGCCGCGAGGGCGCAGCACGUCGGAAUGAUUUGGAGCCCAAUGCAAGGCAUGCAAGGCGUGGGCGCCCCCAUGCAAGGCAUGCAAAGCGUGCAGAGCGUGGGCUUCCCCAUCCAAAGCAUGGGCAUCCCCAUGCAGAGUGUGGGCAUUACCGUGCAAUGCGUGCCAGGCGUGCACAGCAUGGGGUUCCCAAUGCAGAGCAUGGGCGUCCCCAUGCAGGGCGAGCCCAUGGCCACGGGGCACAUGGGGCACAUGGCACCGCUGGGCAUGCCCAUGGGAGCGUUCCCCCUGCCGAUGCAGGCGGCUGGCGGCGCCAUGCAGCCCGCCCUGCUGCAGCUGCCUGGCGGCGUGCUCGUGAUGCCACACUCAGCCGGUGCCAUGGCGCCGCAGAUGUUUCCGCUUGGCUCAGUGGGCGGUGCCGGCCAACCCAUGGGGAGAGCGUGGGGAGAAGCGCUCGCCACUCUUGUCACAGCCGGCCCUGCCACAUCGCCACCUGCAGCACGGAUGACGCAACUGCCGCGGCAGGGGCACCCGCAUCAGGCGUCUGGCCCGUCGCCGUCGGCGCUCGGGAUCGGCAUCGGCGGCAGCAGCGGCGGUGGUGGUGGUGGCGGCGGCGGCGGUGGUGGCGCUCCUUCGGCAGCGUCAGCCAUGCAUGUGCAGCACGCAGCAGCUGUCCUGGUGGCUUUGGGCAACCGCCAGCAACAGUCGGAGGGCGGCGCCCUCUGCGGCGCGCGGCCGGGCCCCCCUGGCCCUGCGCUGUCGUCCGACGGCGCCAGCGCGCGGCCGCGCCGGCGCGGGCCGCGGCAGCAGCAGGCGGAAGGCGGCCGCCCCGCUGGCGCGGGGGCGCCCCACGGGGACAGUGGGGUGUUGCGCUCGCCACGGGCGCCGCAACACGAGUAA